GUUUCUUUGUCAUUAUAAAACUGAUAAGUACUACUGGGUAACAGAUUUGCACUGCUGACUUUGACUUGGGUCAAUCUGUUAAAUCUGGGAACCAGUCAGAGGUCAACUCCACCCCAAGUCAAUUAACACCCUUGAUACAAGUAGCAGCCCACACCGGACUAGAAUCAGCUGCAAGCUCCGAUCUGUACACAGCAUGAGGACACUUCAGGAAAAGAUUAUCUUUCUCUCUGUUUUUCUUUCCCUGAUAUGCAUCAUUCAGGUCAAUACAAUGCCUGUUCCUGAAGACUGGAAUGGUUUGAUCCAGCGGACCAAGCGGUCGCUGCUGUGGCGCUGGAACAGCCUGAAGCCUGUUGGAACCAGCUGCAGAGAUCCCUCGGAAUGUGGCACAAAUUACUGCAGGAGACAUAUAUGCUCUUUCUGACACUCCACCUGGAAACAGAAAAACUGUGUUAGACUGUCGUGGACCAAAACCAUCUGUCUGAAACUUGGACAUUCUGGAUCGAUAUGAAGGAGUGCUGAAGUUGAUCAGACCCUGUAAACACAACUAAAAUAAUUUGUCCUGAAAAAAAAAAUGCUGUAAAAGCUGGACGCAGACUACCAGAUAAAUGACACCAUCUUGAGUUAUCUUGUUUACCGCAACAUCAGAACGGCUGUGUCAUAAGCAUGUUUUCGAUUAUAUAUAAAAAUUCAUGCAAAGUUUA